AUGGAUGAUUACAAGUGGGAAUUAAGGACUUAUUUUGCUACUAGGGAAGACUUUAAAGAGGCAGUUAGAAUUUAUGCUAUUUAUUCAAGUAGAAACCUCAAAUUUAAGAAAAAUGAUAACAAGAGGAUGAGAGUCAUAUGUAAGAAAGGUUGUCCAUGGGAGUCAUACUGUGCAAAAUUACAAGAAGAUAAUACUUGGCAGUUGAGAAAAAUUGUAGACAAGCAUACAUACAGUAGGGAUUAUAAGGUCAGGUUCCUAAAUUUCAAAUGGUUAGGCAAAAAGAUUCAAAGUAAUGUAAGAGAGAAUCCUAAUUUGAAGUUGAUUGAUGUAAUGGAGAAAACAAAUCAAAAGUGGAACGUAGGGAUCAAUAAGACACUUGCAUACAAAGUUAAGUCACUUGCUAUUGGCAUUUUUGAUGGUUCAUUUAGGGUGCAAUAUACAAGAAUCCAUGAUUAUAGCCAUGAGCUGUUAAGGGCAAACAUUGGUUCAAGUAUGAAAAUUACAAGUCAACCAAGUCAAGGUGGAGAGGAAAAUAGUGAAAAUCCUAAGAGGUCAUAUUUGAUAUGUUUUAUUCUUGUACUAGUUACUGAUGUGGAUGUUUGA